UCCGAACUUCAAGAAAAGUCUGUUGCUGCAAGGCAAUGAUGAUAUGGCAGCCAAAGUAUAGCGCGUGUGGCCCAUGUAUUUAGAAUAUACAAAGCAGGAUAAAACAAAAAAAUGUAUUUUGCCUUGAUUGAAUAACAAGACUUGCAUUGACACACAGUACAGAAGAAAUAUCUGCCAAAAAUCUGCCAAAAACCAUCAGAUGGGUGACAGUCAUACAAACUGGACCACCAUGUUCUUACACAUCCUGUCCCUAUUAUGUUCAGUUUGUAAUACUUAUGGUGUUGCUAGUACUGCAUCACCAUCGUGUACCAGUGAUGAAUACAGAGCGGGACAGGUCUGCUGCCUUGCAUGUCCUGGUGGAUAUAGGGUUCAUAGGGAUUGUACAGCGACAGCCAAUACAUUGUGCUCAAAGUGCCCCGAUGGUACUUUCAAAGAAGGCCUUAGCGGACAGAAGCAGUGCUCUAACUGUACAGAGUGUGGCACAGGUCUCGGUCUGAAGGUGAAGAAGUCGUGUUCAUCAACAUCCGAUGUUCUGUGUAAGCCCCUGGAUGGAUUCUUCUGUAUUGACUCUAACGGAGGUGGAUGUAGGGCCACUCAGAGACACCGUCUGAGCUGCAGUCCUGGUCAUUACAUCGGUCGAAUAGGAACAGCAGACGAAGACAGAGGGUGCCUUCACUGUACUUAUGGAACAUUCUCAAAUGGCACAUCGUCAUGCCAACCCCACACAACAUGUGAUUCUGUGGGAGGGGUGCAGAUACAACCAGGAACUGAUUCAACUGAUUCUACAUGUAUUACAUAUGUGGCCAUUGUGUUCAUAAUAAUAGGAUGCAUAUGUUUCAUUAUAUCAUUAGUCCUGGGAGCAUUGUUUUAUAGAAGACUGAAAAUGGAACAGGAACUGGAUAGGGAUUUAACUGAAUACAAAAAACAAAUAGAUGAGAUGGAAACACUGGACCAGGUGAAUGCGUGUCACGACUUGUGGGAACGACUUAAGGAGAAAAAGAAAACACCGAAACAGGAGAGGAAGUUUGGUGCAUUGAUUCGUCGAUAUUGGGAGGUAAGUGUUAUUACUGGUUUGAUACAGAACACAAUAGUAUGUGUGAAGGUUCAAGGAGUUGAAUUGUCAUUGUAGUACACAACGAAAUACAGGUAUGCAGUCUCUAGCAGCAGUUUAAGUUCACACACACACACACACACACACACACACACACACACACACACACACACACACACACACACACACACACACACACACACACACACACACACACACACACACACACACACACACACACACACACACAUCACCCUGUCCAUAUUGUGCCCAUCAAGUCCAGUCUGUUGUGUG